AUGUCGUUUGUUUUUAAAAGAUUAAGCAGUACCGCUACUCCAAUAAGGAAAACUGCUUUAUAUGAAUUGCACACCUCAUUGGGCGGUACUAUGGUUCCCUUUGCGGGUUAUUCUAUGCCAGUAAAGUAUGCCAAACAGACUCACAUUCAAUCCCACAAUUGGACAAGAGAACACGCUGGAUUAUUUGAUGUUUCUCAUAUGUUACAAAGCUCUCUAAGUGGUCCAGAAGCUACCAAGUUUUUACAUAAGAUAACGCCAACAGAUUUUUCUAAAGUGCCAUUAAAUCAAGGUACGUUGAGCGUCUUAUUACUACCUGAAACUGGUGGUAUUGUUGAUGAUACUUUGAUUACUAAACAAAAAGAUGAUCAAUACUACAUUGUUACCAAUGCUGGUUGUAUUGAACAAGACACGAAAUUUUUUAGAAAUCAACUAAAAGAUUCUGGUUUUAAUUGUAAUUGGGAACCUAUUUCUGGCAGAGCCUUGUUAGCGCUACAGGGACCAACGGCUCAUUUAGCUUUGAAGAAACUUGUUAAAAAUAGUGAUGGAUUAGAUCAUUUAUUUUUCGGUUGCCGCAAAAAUUUUCAAUUGAACAAUGGUGUGGAUGUAGAAAUUGCUAGGUGUGGCUACACUGGUGAAGAUGGAUUUGAGAUUUCUAUUCCAAAUGAGAAAAGUAUGGAAUUUGCUGAGGCCUUGCUAAGGGAUGCAGAAGUUGAACCAAUCGGACUAGCCGCUAGAGACAGUCUAAGAUUGGAAGCCGGAAUGUGUUUGUACGGACAUGAGUUAAACACCGAUAUCACACCAGUAGAGGCUUCAUUAAACUGGGUUAUAUCUAAAAGUAGAAGGGGAGAAGGAGGAAGUUGUACUGAAAAGUUCAAUGGGUUCUCAAAGAUCAUGGAUCAAUUAAAUAAUAAAAGCUACAAUAGAGUUAGAGUUGGGUUUCAGUAUUUGACAAGGGGUGCAGCUGCCAGACACGAAACAAGAAUAUUUGAUGCUGAUGGGAAAAGGGAGAUUGGUGUAGUUACUAGUGGAAGUGCGUCUCCAUCCUUGCAACACACAAACAUUGGUCAAGCUUUCGUAGAAAGAGGUUUACAUAAAAAGGGUACUAAAUUAACUGUUCAAGUUAGAAACAGAUUUUACCCGAUUGAAAUUGUACGCAUGCCAUUUGUACCAACUCAUUAUUACAAACCAAAUUACUAA